AUGCAACACUUACUGCUGGCCAUGACUUCAUUUCAUAAUUUCGUGACGCAAAUGCUUGCUGUUCUUGCUGUUGGGAGUGAGGUUGAAAUGAAAGUAAUUAGGGGAAAUGAGUGUAGAGUGAAAGAGACUUUAAUCUGGGAUUCAGUUAAACACUUCAACCACCUGAAGUGGACUGAACAACCAAAAACUUUUAGGUUUGCAAAAGCAUUGAUUAAUGAAUAG